AUGCUUGUGUUUGUAUUGAUCAUGCUCUUUGCUAUGACAAUUCAUGCCGAUAGCUUUAGCGUCGUAGAUCAGGCCAUUUGGAUUGAUCGCCAUAAUUACUUUCGUACGACUGGAUUACCGUGGUCAGCAGGUAAUAUGCGUCGUAUUGGAUGGAGUACAAAAUUAGCAUCGUCUGCUGCUUUACGAGCUACAAAGUGCUCGAUGACUUCAGGUCCAGGUGUCAAUGUGUACCAGUCAACAUCGACUAAUUCACCAACAAUUAUUGACGAUGCUAUCAAGCAAUGGAUAGUAACGACAUCCGAAACGACGCUCAAGAUGGUGAAACAACCUGGUGCCUCUAAUGUUGAUGUUGGAGCAGGCAUAUACAAUUCAUACUCUCAGGUUUUAUGGGCUUCAACUACUAGCGUUGGUUGUGCUAACCAGAAGUGUCCAAGCGGUGAUAUUGUAGUGUGUGAGUACUCACCUCCAGGUAAUGACGGGUCAUCACCUUGGUAUAAUCACGCCGACACGGCCUCGAAAUGUCCAUCAGGUACAAAACCUUCGCAAGGGCUUUGCAUUGUCGAAGGAGACGCAGCAAACAACCCAAUUGCUCCCAUUCCAGCCGGUAAACUGACGUAUGAAGUAUACCCAGCUUAUGUACCCCAUAUACAAGCGCUUUUACUUGAGGCUGCACGUGAUAUUGCUAGUGGAAAGCCUGCAAAGGCAGAUGCGUCCAUGAUGUCACCUUCAACACCACCUACGUCAAAUGGAGCCGUCAGUUAUGCUCCCAAGACCGCAAAUACUCCAACACCAGGCAGUAUAAAGCCCAAAACGAGUCAGUCUCCAGGUACUACGCCUUCAUCGCCAAGUACUACACCUUCAUCGCAAAAGACUACACCUUCGUCGUCUCCAAUAUCAAAUCCAACUACGAAUACUCCUGAGCCUUCUCCUAAAAAGACCACCGUGUCAAAAAAUCCGUCAGACUCUCCUAUUCCAGAAACAGGUAAACAGACUUCUACUCCAGACUCCAAAGGAGCCAAAACAGCUAUACCCCCAGAUGCAAAGAAAUUGAACAGUACCGCAACAAUCAACCCGAAGUUACCUACGAAUUCAUCAGAUGAGAUCUCGACAAAUCAGAGCUCAGAUACGUCACCAUCAGGCUCGGAUGGAACGGAUCCCGGUAAGGUCAAGGCAAGCACAGACACUGGAUCUAAAUUUUCAAACCAGGCACAAGAACCUUCAGAUACGACACCAAGUACCGAUGCCCCAAGCCCUCCAGCUUCAUCCGAUACGCUAUCGAGUAGUAUCAGCAACCAAUCGAGUGCAGAAGAAAGUGGUGGAAUUUCAGCUGCCGGUGUGGCUGGUGUUAUCGUCAUGGCUGUCGUUGCGAUUGCUGCGUUUGGUGUAAUUGUGAGCUACAGAAGAAAUCAACAGCGACAGCGCGAAAUUAUGCGCGAUGGUGGAAUUCGAAUCAUUUAG